AUGUCCAUCUCAAGCGGCAAAUCCCUGCACGAUCUGAGCGUUGAGAACCCUUGGUUCGCUGUCCACCCUCUUUUCUGGACUGCCCGACACUUGCGCCUCCUCCAGUGCAGCUUCAGUCUUCAGCCACCUGAAGCCACCUCCGACUCCGACUCCAACACCAACAUCCACGACCACGGCGACGGCCAUGAUGCAUCAAGACCCGGCCAGGACGAAGACGAACUCACUCGAAAUGCCAGACGCUUGGCAAGCACCCAACUGGUCUCACUCAAGGCGCUGUCGGUCAAGAAGCUGCUCUGUCCACAAGGCAGCCUGUUUUACGAGGUUCGAGGAUCCCCUCCUUUCAAGUUCAACAACCGCCGGAUCCAUCUCCCAGAAUGCGACAUCUACCGCGUAACGACGCCCAAUACCCCCGACACUCAACCCCAAGCACCGCCCAUUAUCGGCUACUUCCACUACGACGAUGUCACCAAAGACCGGGAAAAGGCACUUACACCCCGAUUGAAUCCUCGCGGCGGUUUCAACUGGCCCGUUGCACGACUGUAUCAGCGCAGACUACACGGCGUGACCCCGGAUCUGUGGUCCCAGGAUCCUUACCUGAUCUGCCUCUUGUUAUCCCUGGCGCAGCUGCAAUGGCGCGGUGAAGGGUCAAAGUCCACAACCUAUCCUGCAAGCCUACUCGUUACCAACACAGCCGAUACCACCCAUGCCCACGUUUUCCAAGCCGACAUCCCCAGUGACAUUCUCCAAGGUCUGCACGAGCCAAAGAGCAACAUUCACGCCGUGUGGCCUUCGAUUAAACACACAAAGGUCCCCUUCGAACCGUACACGAAUUUCUCAGAACGCAUCAUUACGCACCUGGUCGGUGUUCAAUACAAAUCGAGUGUCAAUGUCGCUACUACGGAUGCGACUGCUACUCCCACUGCAAUUCCCGCUGAGACUACAACUGCGAUUCCCACUGCGACUCCCACUGCAAUCUCCACAACAACCACGCCAACCCCGAGAAUCAACAAGCGCAAAUUCAACGACGCAAACGUUCCUGCCUGGGAACUCAGUCCCAAACGACACGCCCAAGGGCGCCAAACACCACAAUGCGCUGGCGCAUGA